AUGUACAUUUCAUCGCCAAAUAGUCCACCUUUGAUGGGCAGCUCAAAAUACACUUAUGCAAUUGUCACACGAGAAACGGAGUGUGGAUUUGAAGGCAAUCAAGACAUCUACGGCAUCGGAAUUCGAGUCGGCAUUUACGCUCAAAUCCUCGCGGUCUGGUUCGCGAACUAUUUCCUGGUCUCCGAAGCACAAGUCCUACGUGAUGGCGUUACGAUCUUCAGUGUCGCUCUUUUCGUCGUUGCCGCAAUCUACGCAGCUGCUCCAUCGGAGGUUCAUGCAGUGGAAAUCUUCGUCCUCCUACAGAUCUUAGCAUACGCAUGCGUCAUGGGCGUGAAGUCCAAAUCUAGCUUCACGGCCCUGAAUUUCAAAAGCACACUCAUGCGUAAGAUGCUGAACGACGCUAUUAAUCUUGGAAUGGUGUGUUUGCAUAUUUGGUUCUGGUGGACUGGAGUGGACAAGGCCAAGGAAACCCCUUGUGGAACGUAUAUCAUGUACGUUGUCAAAACCGACAUAUUUGGCUGGGUGAGGAUUGUAAUGAAAAUUUUAUCGACAUACAUCUUGAUCAGCACGAUCUACUGGCUGCUUGACAGUUCUAGUCGACCCUGGAUGCUUAUGCGACUGGCAAAGAGGAGACGAAAGUUCAAUGCCGCAUUACUGGAGUGGGAAAAGUACAAUACCCAGAAGAACAUCGAUUCACAAUGUUAUUCUACGAUAGAGGAAUCCGCGUUUGGGAUUGAUCACCGUUCUGAUACUCAAUCCAAUCACUCAUCGCAUCCCUCUGAGCAUGAGGAACAACAGCUAAGCAGGCAACAUACAUUAUCUCCAACCACCAACGACACACCCGAAGACCUAGAACUUGGGCCCCAAAGAAAUGCAUAUCCAACUCAAGGACCACCUCCUGAUCUAGAAAUUUUGGAACAGGUCUAUGAGGCCGAGAAAUAUAUUGUGCACUCCAUAUCGGCCAGUCCGUAUAGUGCCUGGGAAAACAAGAAACCAAUCACACCAUUCAGCUUCUUUCGAACAGUGUCAGCUCCAAGAACGCUUCCGACAACUGGUUCGACCCCUCGUUCUCGGCAACAUGAAGUUUCUUCGCUAUCGUGGGCUCAAUGCCACUAUGAGAUCUGGAAGCGCUUCUUUACAUUUCGAUUCUCCCGCCGGGCCUUUGUUGUUUACUCUCACAUUUGCCAAUCCCGCCAAUUCAACACAUUCGACAUACCUUAUCAAAUCCAUGCCGCCCUCCUAUACCCGCAAUCGACGUCAAGCAAGGAUGCUCCAAGUUGGUUGGCAGUCUCCCUCGCUUCUACACUAAUGGUCACACAUCAACAUGCGCCGAAAAGAGUGUCGUUAGGCUGGUACCAUGCGAUAUUCGACUUCGCUGUGCAUGUCAUUUUGAUCUUGCAAGUCGAACUGACGUUGGCUUGGAACCAGGUCUCAGGGUUAACGGAGCUUUGGACGAAUGUCGGCCAGUUGAUCCCGUUCAUCAUCGGUGUUGGGGGGCUGUGUCUAGUGAGUGCUAGGUGGGUGGUCAAAUGGUGGGUUAAGAAAAAUGAGAAACCGCCCGGAGAGGGGAAUGAAAUCACUAGCUGUCGGGCAGGAAGAGAUAAUGCUGUGGUUCAAAAGGAGGAGGAAGACGAUACGAGAGAAGAGCUUUUUGGUUUGGACAUAGAAGUCCGGGAACGAUAUCAAAAGUGGAAAGCCUCAUGCAGCGAAGGAUAA